AUGCCUACUUUGUGCUCCAGCUCUGAGGAAGGGGGGUACAGAGAGCUGGAGUCCCCUAAGUUGCCUGCCAUUUGCCCUCCAAGUGUCCCCCACUAUGCAGAAGCAGAUAUUGUCACUCUGCAAGGGGUGACAGGAGGUAACACCUAUGCUGUACCUGCCCUGACUGCAGACACUCUGACCUCCAAAGAAUUGCCCCUCAGCAAGUUUCCUCGAGGACAUCUCCUCUUCCGAGAGAAGCUGGGGGAAGGCCAGUUUGGAGAGGUUCACCUGUGUGAAGUGGUCAAUCCUCAUGAACUACCUGUUCUACAGUUUCCUUUCAACAUGCGCAAGGGGAGGAGUCUUCUUGUAGCUGUGAAGUUACUAAGGGCAGAUGCAAAUAAGAAUGCCAGGAGUGAUUUCCUGAAGGAAUUAAAGAUCCUGUCUCGUCUGAGUGACCCACACAUCAUACGUCUCUUGGGGGCCUGUCUGGAUGAGGACCCACUGUGCAUGAUUACCGAGUACAUGGAGAAUGGAGACCUUAAUCAGUUCUUGAGUUCCCAUCAGCUGGCGGAGGAGGAUGAGAGCAUGGAAGUUUUGCCCAGUUAUCCCAGCCUCCUUCAUGUGGCCCUUCAGAUCUGCUCUGGUAUGAAGUAUCUCUCUUCUUUGAACUUUGUGCACCGGGAUCUAGCCUCUCGAAACUGCCUGGUGGGAGAAAACCUAACUAUUAAGAUAGCUGACUUUGGGAUGAGCCGCAACUUGUACGCUGGAGACUACUACCGGAUACAGGGGAGAGCAGUGCUGCCAAUCCGAUGGAUGGCCUGGGAGUGUAUACUCAUGGGAAAAUUCACCACAGCCAGCGAUGUCUGGGCAUUUGGGGUGACGUUAUGGGAGAUUUUGAUGUUAUGUAAGGAGCAACCAUAUGGAGAGCUGAAUGACGAGGAUGUGAUUGAGAAUGCCGGAGAAAUCUUUCGAGACAGCAAGAAACAGGUCUACCUGUCCCGGCCACUUAUCUGUCCUCCAUCGCUGUAUGAGCUAAUGCUGCAGUGCUGGGCCAGAGACUGCAGGGAAAGGCCCUCGUUCCAGGACAUCCAUGCUUUGCUUACCUCCCAUGCUCUCUGUUGUUCCACUGUGGACUUGAAGGAGUAA